CUUUAAAAAGCAUCUCAAUUGUCGUGUAGUUUUCGUGCUGUCCACUUCAGUCUCUAUUCGAUAGAAUUUUAAAAAACAUUUUUAAAGCAGCUUAUAUCCUUUUGAAAUUGUGAACUGAAUGUGCAGGAAUAAAAAAAAGAUGUGAAUGAAUAAAAAGUUGUGAAGAGCAGCAGAUAAAAAAGAAUUGAAAAGAAAAUUGUGAAAAAAAAACUUGUUGAAGAGAUGAAAAUGAGAAAAAUCAUGGAAAUUGAGUUGCUAAUUCUCUUAGUAGUGCUUGUUAAUAUUUCUACUGGACAGCAAAAUUAUGUGAAUAUAAAUGAUCCCUGCGGGCAAUGGCGAGUUGAUAGUCACGAUGCAGACUUGGGAACAUGGGAUAUCAUCCGAGACUUUCAAUUGGAUAAUUACGAGAUGCAUCAUGAGACAAUAUCGCAAAUUGUCGGUAGCAAUGACUAUCAGACAGCAUAUCGCGUCGAACGUGAAAGCAACUUGACGAUGUUAGCACAAGAAGCAUUUCCUAGGGGAACUCCGUUUCAAUUCUCAUUCGAGUGUACUUAUCGACAGCGACAGCAACAGGCGAAUUCAUGGCAUAUGUUUCAUCUGACUAAUCAAUAUCAAGAAUCGCAAUUGACCGUCACAAUGAAUCCUGGUCGUCAAACAUUGGCUGUUUCAUUGCCUGCUUCUGAUGGUGAACUGCAAACUGUUGAAUUUCGUCAUUCGAGUCUGUUUGACGAUCGUUGGCAUAAAAUUAUGCUUGGCGUGACAGACAAUCGUGCUAAAUUGUGGGUUGACUGUAAGCCAGUGAAGAGUGUUGAUGGACAAAUGGAGAGUCCUCUACGACAACGUGGACAGUAUGACAUUAACAAUGGAUAUUUGUCGAUUGCACAAAUUGUCGACAAUCAAAGGAAUUAUGAAUCAGCACCGCCUAUCGACCUCCAAUGGCUUGCCAUGACUUGUGACCCGAAUCGAGCAUUACGUCAGUCAUGUGAUGAGAUUCCUGGAUAUGAUAGUGCUGGAGCGGAACCGGAAUAUGUUGAGGGACCACCCCCAAAUACCUGUCAAAUUUGUCCACAAGGCCCACAGGGAUUCAACGGAACAAAGGGCGAACGUGAGAGAGGAGAGAGAGGUGUGAGAGGUUAUGAUGGAAGAGACGGAAUCAAUGGACUGCCAGGAUUGAAAGGAGAGAUGGGAAAUCGAGGUCCUCAAGGCAUUCCUGGAACCCCUGGAGCCCCUGGAUCCUCUGGUUCAGGUGGAACUGUAGUUAGAGGAACUGGUCCGAAAGGAGAAAAAGGUGAAGUCGGAUCAAGAGGACCACCAGGCCCACCUGGUGAAGUUGUUCAUUCUGGAGGUGGUGGUGGAAUUCAAUAUCUUGUUGGAGGUGCAAGGGGUCCUCAAGGAGAGCAGGGAUCGUCUGGACCAAGAGGACCACCUGGUGAGCCUGGAAUGAAUGGAAAUCCAGGAAGAAGUGUGACUGAUGAUGAAAUUAGAGAUAUUUGUUACAAUGUUCUUCGCGAACAGUUAGUUGAUUUGACUGCUAAUUUACAAGGACCUCAAGGAGCUCCAGGACAACAAGGAAGACCAGGAAAACCAGGACCCGCGGGACCUGAGGGAUCACGAGGUGAAAAGGGUGGCAGAGGCUAUCAAGGAGUUCCAGGCAUGCCAGGCUUACCUGGAAUGAAAGGACAUACUGGUGAUCAAGGUGAACGUGGAGAAAGGGGUGAAAAAGGAGACAAAGGUGAUGAUGGAGAAGGCAGACCAGGACCUCAGGGAUCACAAGGUCCUCCUGGCCCACCUGGCAUUGGAGAGCAGGGUCCAAGAGGAUCUGCAGGUGUGAAUGGAGAACCUGGUAGAAAUGGUGAAGUUGGUCCAAGAGGCCCACCUGGCACUCCCGGUCAAUGCCCCAACGAUUGCUAUCAAGCUAUGACUCAAGCAAAUGCUCUUUACUACAAUCGCGUUCAAGGAAAUCAAAAAGGACCAUAAACUGCUGUAAAAUUAAACUCUUAUGGAUGAGGAAUCGAAUUUGAAACUGAUAUAUGAGAAAAUAAUGUGAAAAGAAAUUGAAAAAAUAAAAAUUGCUGCAAACAUUUUCCGACAUGACUGGAAAAAUGAAAAAUAUAAGAAGAGA